AUGGCGGAGAGAAGUGGCCGGCUGAGCUUCCCAGGGAGCGGGGCACUGAACAGACCGGUGCCCAUGAACCUGUUCGCAACAUGGGAAAUUGACGGGUCCUCUCCGAACUGCAUCCCCAGACUGUGCAGUCUGACGCUUAAGAAACUUGUGGUGCUGAGAGAGUUGGAUAAGGAGCCUAUAUCUGUGGUCAUUGCUGUCAAGAUCCAGGGAUCCAAGCGGAUCUUGCGCUCUCAUGAGAUCAUGCUGCCCCCUAGUGGAGUGGUGGAGACGGACUUGGCACUCACCUUUUCCCUUCAGUAUCCCCAUUUUCUGAAGAGAGAAGGGAACAAACUGCAAAUUAUGCUUCAGAGGAGGAAAAGGUAUAAGAACCGCACCAUCCUGGGCUACAAGACGCUUGCUGUCGGGUCCAUCGAUAUGGCUGAGGUGAUGCAGCACCCAACCGAGGGGGGCCAGGUGCUCCCUCUGUGCAGUAAUCAGAAGGAGCUGCUGGGAAAAGUGGCUGAGAUCUGGAUCUUCUCUCUGUCCAGUCAGCCCAUAGACCACGAGGAUGCUGCGCUGCUGGGCCAGAAGAUCAAAUGCUCAGAUAACUACUCUGAGGAGGAGUAUGAGAGCUUCUCUUCCGAACAAGAGGCCAGUGACGAUGCCGUACAAGGACAGGAUCUUGAGGAUGAUGAGUAUGACGUGAGGAAGCCCAAAAAGCAGCGGAGGUCUAUCGUGCGGACUGCGUCUAUAACCAGGCAGCAGAACUUCAAGCAGCGAGUGGUGGCUCUGUUGAAGAGGUUCAGGGUCUCUGAUGAGGUUUUGGACUCUGAGCAGGACCCUGCUGAACCACCUCCUGAGGUGGAAGAAGAUCUGGACUUGGAGAGUUUGGAGUUUGAGAACCCCAGUGACAGUGGACCAGAACUGGAUGAUGAUGACAGUGUGCUAAGCACACCAAAACCCAAACUCAAGCCGUACUUUGAGGGCCUGUCUCUGUCCAGCUCUCAGACUGAGAUUGGCAGUAUCCAUAGCUGCAGGAGUCAAAGAGAACCUCCAAGCCCUAUGGACUCUGACAGGGUUAAAUCCGCAGGAGCAAAGUUCAUGAUGGAUGAUGUUUCGGAUAACGUGUCUUUUGGUCAACCUGAGGCUGUGACACCCACCACAGAGCUAGAGAUGGAUAAUAUGGACACCUUCAUGGAGAAGCUGCCCCCUAGUGGCAAGAUGACCAAAACAGAAUCCCUUAUUAUUCCCUCCAGCAGGACGGAACCUAAGUUGGCAGGAAGGAGAGGCAGGAGCACGUCCCUGAAGGAGAGACAGCCGAGCCGACCGCCCAACGAGAGAGCCAACAGUCUGGACAACGAGCGUUCCCUGGACACGCGCUGCAUCCUGCAGAUCCCCAGGAAAACGGUUUACGAUCAGUUAAAUCACAUCCUGGUGUCAGAUGAUCAUCUGCCCGAGAGCAUCAUCCUCAUCAACACGUCAGACUGGCAGGGCCAGUACCUCUCAGAUGUUCUUCAAAACCAUCACAUGCCUGUAGUGUGCACAUGUACGACGGCGGACAUUCAGGCUGCGUUCAACACCAUUGUCUCACGCAUCCAGAGAUUCUGUAACUGUAACUCUCAGACUCCAAUCCCUAUAAAGAUAGCAGUUGCAGGGGCUCAACAUUACCUGUCUGCAGUGCUACGGCUCUUUGUGGACCAUCUCACCCACAAGACCCCAGACUGGCUGGGCUACAUGCGUUUCCUCAUAAUACCAUUGGGCUCACACCCUGUGUCUAAAUAUCUGGCCAGUAUAGACUACAGAUAUAACAGUCUGUUCCAGGACGCUGCGUGGAGAGACCUUUUCCACAAACCGGAGGCACCUGUUAUAGUACAAGAGAACCCAGACGUGGUUUCCAGGGUAACGCAGUAUAUGGUGGGAGCUAAUGGAGCCCACCAGCUUCCCAUCGCAGAAGCUAUGCUCACGUAUAAACAGAAGAGCCCCGAUGAAGACUCCUGUCAAAAGUUCAUCCCCUUCAUUGGGAUGGUGAAAGUGGGCAUUGUGGAACAGUCUUCUGCAGCUUCAGGAGAUUCAGAUGAUGCUGCUCCUAUUGGCUCUGGUCUCCUCUCCUCCACUCCUCCACAAGUCUCUCCAGCACUUAAAGAAGCUUCUCCUACUCCCCCUUCAUCUCCAUCUGUCAACACCUCCUUCUGCAGUUCUCCUGGAGGAGGUCAGGGGGAGCUGAUGGGCCUACAGGUGGAUUACUGGGUCGCUCCCACAGAAAGAAAGAGAGAUGUGGAGAAGAAAGACUCCUCCUCCAAGAACACUCUCAAGUGCACCUUCCGUUCGCUGCAGGUCAGCCGCCUGCCCCUGGGGGGCGCUGAAGUAGGGACACAACCCACAAUGUCCAUGACCGUAGUCACCAAGGAGAAGAACAAGAAGGUAAUGUUUUUGCCAAAAAAGACAAAAGAUAAAGAUGUGGAGUCAAAGAGUCAGGUGAUUGAAGGCAUCAGUCGACUUAUCUGCACUGCCAAGCACCAGCAGACGAUGCUUAAAGUGUUGAUUGAUGGCGUGGAGUGGAACGACGUUAAGUUUUUCCAGCUGGCGGCCCAGUGGUCCUCUCACGUCAAACAUUUUCCCAUUGGCAUUUUUGGCCACUCCAAAGGCCCCUACUAG